AUGGCGCCGAUUUCUAUCCAGAAGCGGCCGCGCACGGACGACGAAAAGGCGGCCGCGUACGUCAAGUUUCACCGCAAGACGGCGCGCGGCAAGGUCCUCAAGGUCCUGCGCGAGACCUACCACCGCGAUGAUAUCCCCUGCGGCAGCGUGGCGUGUGCUUUUUGUGGCCCUGCGCUGUACGCCGCCGAAGGCGCCGGCUCUUCCAUGCCGACGCGCAAGCCGAUGCUCGAUACGCGCGGCAUUGAGAAUACCUAUACCGGCGCUCCCCACUAUGUGAUGAUCGAUACCAAUGUGGUCCUGCACCAGAUGGACGUGCUGGAAAACCCGGCCUUUACCAAUGUCGUCGUCCUCCAGACGGUGCUCGACGAGGUGCGCAACCGCAGCCUGCCGCUGGCGAACCGCCUGCGUGCGCUCCUCACCGACCCGGACCGCAAGAUGUGGCAGUUUUUCAACGACUUUCACGCCGAUACCGCGAUCGUGCGCGACGCACACGAGACGCCGAAUGACCGCAACGACCGUGCGAUCCGCCGCGCGGCUGCGUGGUACGCACAGCACCUCCAGACGUCCGACAGCAAGCUCGGCGUGGUGCUCGUGAGCGACGACGUGGACAAUGUGCACAAAGCACGCACGGACGGCGUGACGGCGUGCAGCGUCCGCGAGUACAUUACCGGCUUCCAGAACGCGGACCAGCUGCAGGACCUCCUUUCGGCGCGCGAGCUCGAAGGCGAGAAGCACCCCGAGCUGCAGCGCAAUGCACACGUCUUUGACGAGUACUGGGAGACGUCGCAGCUCGAAGCGGCGUUCCGUGCUGGGUCGCUGCACAAGGGCUUCUUUAAUGCGAAUGCGUUCAACUACCUCGAAGGCACGGUGCGCACCGAGUCGCUCUCGAAGCCGAUCCUCUUGCAAGGGCGCGAAGCUAUGAACCGUGCGGUCGACGGCGACGUCGUCUACGUCGCGCUCCUCCCCGAGUCCGAGUGGAAAGGCGCGACGGACGCGGUGCUCGAUUCCGACAGCGCGCGGCGCAACGACGAUGCGCGCGAUAGCGACGACGACGAGGAAGAGCAGGUCGAGGAAGAGACGCUUGCCAUCACCGACGAUGCCAAGAAGCAGCCGACCGGCCGCGUGGUCGGCGUGGCGCGCCGCAACUGGCGCUCGUACGUCGCGCACAUCGACCAGACGUCGGUGAACGAAGGGGCGAUCGCCUCGCUUGGGCCACAGACCCUCUUUGCGUCGCCCGUCGACCGCAAGAUUCCCCGCAUCAAGAUCCGUACGCGCCAGGUGAAGGAACUCCUGGGCCAAAAGAUUCUGGUGACCAUGGACGAGUGGCGCGCCUCGAGCCGCUAUCCCGAAGGGCACUUUGUCCGUGCGCUCGGCGCGGCGGAGAGCAAAGAGGCCGAGCAAGAGAGCCUGCUGCUCGAGUACGACGUGCCGUACCGCCCCUUUUCGAAAGCGAUCCUCGACUGCCUGCCCGCCGAGGGCGACGACUGGAAGGUGCCGCCGAAGGACGCGGCGAGCCCUGCGUGGCGCGACCGCGAGGACCUUCGUGCGGAAAACAUCUGCAGUAUUGACCCCCCCGGCUGCCAGGACAUUGACGAUGCGCUGCACGCCAAGCCCUUGCCGAACGGCAACAUCCAGGUCGGCGUGCACAUUGCGGACGUGUCCUACUUUGUGCGCCCCGACACGCCGAUGGACGCCGAGGCCGCGUCGCGUGGUACGACCGUCUACCUCGUCGACAAGCGCAUCGACAUGCUCCCCCACCUUCUCGGCACGAACCUGUGCUCCCUGCGUCCGUUUGUCGAGCGCCUUGCGUUUAGCGCGAUCUGGGAGAUGACGCCCGACGCCGACGUCGUGUCGGUGCGCUUUACCAAGUCGGUGAUUGCGAGCAAGGCCGCGUUUACCUACGAAGAGGCACAGAAACGCAAAGACAACAAAAAGCUCGACGACCCCAUCACGACGAGUGUGCGCCUGCUCAACGGACUUGCGAUCAAGCUCAAGCAGCGGCGUAUGGAGGCCGGUGCGCUGAACCUCGCCUCGCCCGAGGUGCGCAUCCAGAUGGACUCGCGCGAGUCCUCUGGCCCGAUCGACGUCGAGCAAAAAGAGAUGCACGAGACCAACAGCCUGGUCGAGGAGUUUAUGCUUCUUGCGAAUACCAGCGUCGCACAGCGCAUCUACGAAGCGUACCCCACGACGGCGGUGCUGCGCCGCCACUGCCCCCCGCCGUCGGACAACUUUGACACGCUCAAGGACAUUUUGAAAAAGCGGCGGGGCAUGGACCUCGACACGUCGAGCUCCGGCGCGCUUGCCGCGUCGCUCGACAAGUGCGUCGACAAGACCGACGCAACGUUCAACACGCUCGUGCGUAUCCUUGCGACGCGGUGCAUGCUCGCGGCCGAGUACUUUUGUACUGGCAGCGUGGCGCGCAAUGCGUUUGGGCAUUAUGGUCUUGCGAUGGGCAUGUACACGCACUUUACGUCGCCGAUCCGCCGCUAUGCGGAUGUGCUUGUCCACCGGCAGCUCGCGGCGGCGAUCCACUACGAGCCGCUCCCGACGUCGCUCUACUCGAAGCACUAUGUCGACGACGUGCUCGCGGUGGUGAACAAGCGCCACCGUGCUGGGCAGCUUGCGGGCCGCGCCUCGGUCGAGUUCUACGUGGGCCUUGCGAUCACUGCACGCAAUGCCGAGCGUGGGGCGGACGCGACGCAGGUCGGCAAGGGCGACGGGGCGGUGAUGCUGCUGCGUGCAGACGCGUAUGUCGUGCGCACCUUCCGCAACGGCCUCGCGGUCUUUGUGAACCAAUACGGCCUCGAGGGCCUGAUCACCUUUAAGCAAGACUGCGACUUUGACGCGGAUUCCUACCAGGUGACGAUCCCCGCCUCGGUCUCGGGCCUGUCCAAGGACGUGACGCUCGGCAUCUUUGACCGCUGCCGCGUGGAGAUCGGCGUGGAAAAAGACAAGAGCACAAAGCGUGGCCGCGUCAAGAUGGCCUUGGUCCUAUAG